AGAAGGGCUGGGGCUGGACUUCUGGGCCAGACACACCCUUGGGUCACACUGGGAGGGUCGCUUGGUCAGCCGGUCCCUUCUUUGCAGAGACCAGAGUUGCGUGGAGUCACGGCAGUGAAGACAGCUCACCCAGAGACUGAGGACUCUCUGAAGAUCUUGUACUUGUGUGCAGAGCAAGGAUGCGUGAAAUCGUACACAUUCAGAUCGGCCAGUGUGGUAACCAGAUCGGGGCCAAGUUCUGGGAGGUGAUUGGCGAGGAGCAUGGGAUCGAUGUGGCUGGGAGCUACCGUGGGGACAGUGCCCUGCAGCUGGAGAGAAUCAGCGUGUACUACAACGAGGCCCACGGUAAAAAGUACGUGCCCCGAGCAGUCUUGGUGGACCUGGAACCUGGGACCAUGGACAGCAUCCGAUCCAGCCGACUAGGAGCCCUCUUCCAACCAGACAGCUUUGUCCACAGUAACUCCGGAGCCGGCAACAACUGGGCCAAGGGCCACUACACGGAGGGGGCCGAGCUGGUGGAGAGCGUGCUGGACGUGGUGCGGGGCGAGGCCGAGGGCUGCGACUGCCUGCAGGGCUUCCAGAUCGUGCACUCGCUGGGCGGGGGCACGGGCUCGGGCAUGGGCACGCUGCUGAUGAACAAGAUCCGCGAGGAGUACCCCGACCGCAUCCUCAACUCCUUCAGCGUCAUGCCCUCCCCCAAGGUGUCGGACACGGUGGUGGAGCCGUACAACGCGGUGCUGUCCAUCCACCAGCUGCUGGAGAACGCCGACGCCUGCUUCUGCAUCGACAACGAGGCGCUCUACGACAUCUGCUUCCGCACCCUGAGGCUGACCACGCCCACCUACGGGGACCUCAACCACCUGGUGUCCCUGACCAUGAGCGGGGUCACCACCUCGCUGCGCUUCCCGGGCCAGCUCAACGCCGACCUGCGCAAGCUGGCCGUGAACAUGGUGCCCUUCCCGCGCCUGCACUUCUUCAUGCCCGGCUUCGCGCCGCUCACCGCCCAGGGCAGCCAGCAGUACCGCGCGCUGUCGGUGGCCGAGCUCACCCAGCAGAUGUUCGACGCCCGCAACACCAUGGCCGCCUGCGACCCGCGCCGCGGCCGCUACCUGACCGUGGCCUGCAUCUUCCGGGGGAAGAUGUCCACCAAGGAGGUGGACGACCAGCUGCUCUCCGUGCAGACCAAGAACAGCGGCUGCUUCGUGGAGUGGAUCCCCAACAACGUCAAGGUGGCCGUCUGCGACAUCCCGCCCCGGGGGCUGAACAUGGCCGCCACUUUCAUUGGCAACAACACGGCCAUCCAGGAGCUGUUCACCAGGGUCUCGGAGCACUUCUCGGCCAUGUUCAAGAGGAAGGCUUUCGUGCACUGGUACACGGGCGAGGGGAUGGACAUCAAUGAAUUCGUGGAAGCUGAAAGCAAUGUCCAUGAUCUGGUGUCCGAGUACCAACAGUUUCAAGACACCAAAGUGGUUCUGGAGGAGAACGAAGAGGUGGUGGCCGAGGCAGACCAGGAACUAGAAGGUCAGGGACAUUAACCAGAGAGAAGCUGUGUGAGUGUCGUCUGCGGCGUGGUCACCUCCAGAGCAGUUUCUCUCAAGUCUUAAGAGGAGCAUUUCCCCGCAGUAAAGCCAAAGCGAUUCUGCACCGCAGCCCAGCGAGCCACAGCAGCGACAGCAGCCACCCAGUAUGCGCUUUGACACAGCACCACGGGGCUGGGUGCGGGGUGGGGGGAAGUCAGUAAAUGAUGGGCAUUGGGUCUUCGGCUGGCAUUUACUAACCUUGAAGAGUUUGCUCUUCAAUGCACACUCUAGUCACUUGUUUUUAACAGCCAAGUGAAUUCACCGUUUGUUUAAAGGUCGGGAGGGGGGAGUUCUGUACGCAUAGCACGGGGCCAGGCAUCAAGACUGCACAUGUGGACACGCGGGGAGGGCGCCCGCUGCCCUUGCCUUUAGGUUGUAAACGCGUUAGCGCCCUGGUGAGCGCUCCGUAGUCUGUUCUUGGCCUCCCAGGGCUGCUUCGGCUCUUCCUGCAGGUUGCCUCUUCUUAACGUGCUGCCCCGCACCCACCUGCUGGCCUCCAGAAAAGCCGGGUUGGCUGCUUGGUGUGUGGGAGCCUCGAGAUAAAUGGGAGUCAGUGUCCACUAGCAAAUCAUGGAGACCCCAUGUACACUUCAGCAUCCUAACUGCAAAGGGGAGAAGGGCAGAAAGGAAAGCCGUGGUUCUUCCCACAAAAAUACCCACCAAAAAAUAAAAAAUGACAAGCAAAACUCAAGAGCUCCAAUCUUCUGAAUAGCUAGCUUGCAACAUAUAUAUUUAUAUACUUUAUGUUUCUUAUUAGUCUUUGAUUCCAGGAAUUCAUUAAUCAUCAUCUUUGGUUUUCCUUGUAGAGGCUACUUGGAAGUGCCCUUUUCACUUGCAUUCAGUAAUCACCUCCUGAAAGCUGCUCUGCUCUUUAGAAAGGGCACACGCACGCCUGGCGACCAUUCAGAUGCAGAAAUGAAAUAAGCAGCAGCGGCUGCAGUGUCCUUCGCACGCUCAAGGAGGACAUGGUCUCAUUAGGGAACUUCUACAGUUCAAAUUAAUUUGCAGAAGUUGCCAUAAAUGUUUGCAUGAUGACACAGCUUUAACCAUUACAUGAUUUUAAUCUGCUCCCAUUACACCAGGACCAGAUACACAAGAGCGUAAUCAAAUCAUCCAUAACUUCUUAAUUACAGUUUACCUAUUUCUGACAUACAGCGCUGCCAGCCCUUCCAGCACUGUUAGGGUUUUAAUGGCCUUCUUGAAUUACCACGGAGCUAUACUGUUUAAUCCACGGAUGGCCAGUGAUGGGAAGAUGCUGUGACCCUCGCUGCAGGAAAUAGGUGCCUGCAGGCAACUGGGUUCUCCUCUCCCGAUCUGCUUUGGAAUCUGCAGUAACGAGGCAGCCAGUAGAUGGAUGACAGCAGCUCAUUUUGAGAAACUUCACUCUUUUCACAUAUGCAUCAUGAGGAAAUAACCAAAAUAUAUACUAAGAGGAAAUGAAGUCUUGCUGUUUAUACCAUGAUAGGCCUUGUAUUUAUGGAAUUUUUAAAGAAGUUUUAAACACUUUCUACUUGUGGUUCAAGAGGCACUAAAAAAAAAAAAGCAAAUUGAGGAAGAAGCUGCACCUAAA